AUGUCGGACCCUACUAUACAGACAUUUUGUUGUCACCAUACCGGUAAUAAAGAAGACUUUGCAGUUAGAAUUAUGGAUGAAUUUAAUACAGAUUCGUACAAUAUUGUAUGUUUGGUUUCCUCUACAGUUGGGAUUUUAGGUUCUGUGUAUCAGAUUUUCCCCGACGUUAUAAAUCGAAUAAAAAAAGGAGUCGGCUCAACGCGCGGUCGGCGGAUCAUUAUUUGGUUAGCUGUUGCAGAUUUACUGGCAUCCUUUGGAGUGCUGCUACGUUCUGCCUUGUGGCUGAGAUAUAAAAAUAUUAUGCCAUUGCCAGAUGAUGAUGUCAGUGUUCUAUUUUGCAGCAUCAUUUCAGCCUGGACUCAAUAUUUUUACACAGUUACUUGGUUUUGGACCUUGUUUUAUGCCAUAGAUACUUGGCUCACAAUAAAAGGCAGAGAUUCUCAUACUUUGCUCUAUCACUCUAUUGCUUGGGGAGUACCUGCUGCAACUACUGGUGUUGGCUUGUCUAUUCUUUACAUUCCUAAUGCAAAAUGCCACAAUCUACCAAGUGUAACAAGUGCCUUAUACAAGAUAUUACCUAAUUACUGUGCCACAUACUUGCCUAUAGCCAUGGUAAUGAUAGUAAACCCAAUAAUGUAUGUAUUGUCAAGUAAAGAUGUUGAAAUGGCGGUAGCAGUGCCUCUCGCACAGUUCACAAGCAAAGAGAGACGAGUGGUGGACACAUUGAGAUUAAAGUUUUUCUUGAUCAAUGUCGUGUUCUACUUAUGUUGGCUACCCAACCUUAUCAAUGGGCUCCUGCUGUGGACAAUGUGGUUCAAUAUACCAGUGAAAGUUAUUAUAACUAUAUGGUACAUAAUGGCAUUAACAAAUCCCAUGCAAGCUUUAUUAAAUGCACUUGUCUAUAGAAAAUGGAAUACAAAUAAAUGGAGACAAAUGCCAUCGUUCAGUAACGAGUCCCGAAAAGAAUUUCGCUUUUAUGAUGAACAGUCCCCCCUGUUAGGCUCUGAACCGCCGAGGUUACAGCUAUCACCGAUACCGCCGGGUAUUAACAAUUACGCUACUUUGUGA